GGAAGGGUUUGGUUGGUCACAAAUCAUUUUAGAACACGUACAGAAACUGAAAUGUGAAGCAGGGCUUGGAAUUCAUAUUACAGUACACUUUCCUGCUUAGAUUAUGAAUAAUAUUUUUACUGUUUGGUUUGUUACUUUAGUUUAAACCUUACUGUAGGGUAGCCGACUUCCCACUUGGCAGUCUUAUAAGGUUACUUCCCAGUCCCCUCCUUCCUCUCUCUGUCUCUCUCUUAUGCUAGUUUACUCUCCUUCACUUGCUUCCACUCUUCCUCUCCUUCCCAAUUUCUCUGCUCUUUUUUCCACUGAGCAGAUCUGAGCACAUCUCCAUGUCUUCUGGAGGAGGGUCGGCCUCCCACAACGACCAGGUUCGAGGCGUGCUGCGCAAUGACCAGGUCUACAACGAGAGAGAUGACGACUCCCUCCCUCCUCUCCCCGAAGAUCUCCCUGUGGGCCCAGAGUUCGACCCCAGCGGCAGCGAGGAGAGCUACAGCGGAGUAGACCUCAAACCAGUCCACCGCUUCAUCCCCGACUCCUGGAAGAACUUCUUCCGGGGAAGCGGAUCGAGAAAGAAGCCUUCGUCCACUUCAGCAUCGGACACCAACAAAGGCAGCAGCGGUGGCGUUCGCAGUGGCGGCUCCACUCCGCUGUCCCUCCCUGCUUCUGCCGCACACCAAAAUCAGAACGGGAGCCUGGGGGGCAGCCACACCUCUCGAAAGGAGCGAGAGGCCAGGCUUCUGGCCACACCACUGGACAUGGUGCGUGAGCCCUCCCUGCACGCCAGCCUGGCUUACCGCGAGCGACUGGAGGCUUACCGCCGUCGUCGUCAUGGCCACAUGAAAUCGUGGGCAGGUUGGCUGAGGGUGGUGGGCUGCGUGGAGCUGCUGUUGGGCGCGGCCGUCUUCGCCUGCGUCUGCGCGUACAUCCACAAGGACAACGAGUGGUAUAACAUGUUUGGCUACUCGCAGUCCCAGUCCCAGUCGUACGGGGGCGGGUACACGGGGAUGGGCAUGCCUGGUGUGGGUGUGGGUGCAGGGGUGUACUAUUCAGGACCCCAGACGAUCUUCGUCCUAGUGGUAGCGGGAGUGGCUUGGGUGACCACUGUCGUGCUCCUGGUCCUGGGCAUGACUAUGUACUACCGCACCAUCCUCCUGGCCUCCAAUUGUUGGCCCAUCACCGAGUUCCUCAUCAACCUGGUCUUCGCGGGUUUCUACCUGAUCGCGGGAAUCGUGUACGUCAGGGACACCACCCGCGGCGGGCUGUGCUACUACCCCAUGUUCAACAACGGCUUGAGCGGGUCAUUCUGCCAGACCGAGCCGGGCCAGAACGCUGCCAUCGCUUUCCUCUUCAUCACCAUGGUCGUGUACGUGAUUGGUGCUGUUUUGUGCCUCAAGGUCUGGAGGCACGAAGUUGCCCAGCGGUACAGGGAGAGCCUACCACAGGAGGCAACGGAGCUUUCUCUUCCAAAGGCAUUGCCUGUGAAUAAUGCCGGGGGUUUUAGGGGUCCGGCACAGGCCGUGCCCAUGGCGACGCAGCCGGAAGUACGACACAUCCCACCUGCCAGACACAUGCCCAAAACCUUGAUUAUGCCUGACUACAUCACGAAGUACCCCAGCAUUCGAACAGACGAAGAGCGGGACCAGUACAGGGCGGUCUUCAAAGACCAAUACGCGGAAUACAAGGAGCUGAACGCGGAGGUGCAGGCCGCCACCAAGAGGUUUGAGGAGAUGGACGUGCUUAUCCGCAGCCUGCCCCAGAACCCUGCUAAUCAGAUGGAGCGCAGCCGGAUCAACAAAAUCCUUCAGGAAUAUCAGAGGAAAAAAAAUGACCCAGCAUUUCUGGAGAAGAAAGAGCGCUGUGAUUAUCUGAAAAACAAGCUGUCCCACAUCAAACUGAACAUUCAGGAAUACAACAAAGGCACAAACUGGACAGACCAAUUCAGCUGAACAGCAGCUGGACAGCGAGGGUCCACUGCCGGUGAAGACGUGGGUCAGACAUUUUACUUUCCACCAAAAGAAGACAUUUCACCGAGCUGAUUCACAUCCUCACAAAACGCAUUGGGAGUGGCUGCAUCUUCCUGUGAAACGAAAAGCACUACACAGCUAAAAGGCAUACAAAAAACAUAUCUUCCCCUCCCCACUGAUAACAAGUGAACAAAAAUUGGACACUAUUUCGAUGACAGAAACUAUCUGAUUAUUUUACCCGAAUCCAAAUUAAUUACCUAGAAAGUAUUAUUUUUGCAAUAAUUACAUUUUUUGAAAAUGUAAUAAAUUUGGGUUUAACCUGGAUUUUGCUAUGCAGAUAGGAAUAAUUUCUGAUUUGUGUCAGCAUACGAUGUUAAAAAGGGAUGCCCUUUUCACUAAUUUGACAUUUCUGUACUGUAACUUUCUCUGUGGUUUUUGAGUGACAUUACUGGUGAGCAGUCUCUGCUGCCCUCUUCCUGUUGCAGUUUGUAUAUAUUGAAUUGUUUUGUGUAAAAAUACAUUAUUUAUUUUUUGGGGCAACUUUCGAUUUUUUGUUUUACAUGUCAUUCAUUUAUAUAGCUGGAUAUUAGCAGAACAAUUCCAGUCAAGUCCCCAGCUCCUGUACAGCAUUUGAACCACUAUUCCACAUUGACACUGAAUGUCAGUUUUCUCUAGUUACGUCUAAUCGUGAUUUAAAAGGUCAAAUAAAAUUUAAAAACUUAAAUUGUAGAUUAUCAAUCUUA